AUGCGAGAUGAAGGUUUUAAAAGUCAGGAAGAAAAUUACUUGGAUGAAAGAUAUUCAAGUCAAGAUAGUGAUUUAAAUGAUGAUUUUAAUAACAGACAAGAAAACAAUGUUUUCAUGCAACAAUUUGACAAAGAAGAUAAAAAUAAUUUUCAGAUGCCAUAUAAUUUAAUAUCUGAGGAAUGCUAUGAUUUUGUACAAUUGAUUUAUAAAAACCAAAUUACUUUUAAAACUGGAAAUGCUAUUUUAAAAUUUAUAAAAAAAUAUGCACCAGAAUUAAACUUGCCAUCUUCAACAUCUGGUGCAGUAAAACAGUUUGAAAAAACUCAAAAAAGUAAAUCCAAAUUUAAAAAAGAAAAUUUGUUAAUUAAGGGUAAAUCAUUUGAUUUUCAUUAUCAAGAUAUAAUUUCUGCUAUAGAAGAAAUUUUACAGCGACAAGAUGUUUUGGAAAAAUGCCAUUGGGAUUAUGAAGAUAAUUAUAUUGAUGGAAAGAAAAUUUUUGGUGAGCAAUAUGAAUGUAAUUGGUGGCAACAAAAUGUCAUUGAACUACCUAAAGACACUUCUUUGCUAUCAAUGAUUCUUUAUUCAGAUGCAACAACUUGUGAUAAAUUUGGGAAAAAAAUAAUGCAUCCAAUAUAUUUAACACUUGGAAACUUGCCUUUUAAAAUUAGAAAUUCAUUGAAUGCAAAAACAUUAUUAGGAUAUUUGCCAAUAAUAGAAACAAUUCCAGAUGAGUCUGGUUUGGAACUUUCAUCAAAUCGAUUAAAAGAAUUGUAUUCAGAAAUCAAAAGAACUUGUUUCCAGGAUUGCAUGAAAAUAUUGUUUACUCCUUUGCUAAAUCAAUAUAAUACUGGGACUUUAAUCAAUUUGGGUAAUAAUGUAAAAAAGGUUGUCAUCAAAUUAUCAUGUAUAAUUUCAGAUUUGCCAGAAGCCAGUUCAUAUUGCUUAACUUAUAAAUCAUAUAAUUGCAAUAUGCCUUGUUAUAGCUGCAAAGUUCUACAAGAUGAGUUAGAUAAUAUUGAUGAAAAAUUUUCUAUUAGAAACCAUGCUAAUAUGAAAAAGGCAAUAUUAGAUAAUGAUGAUAAAUACCAUUCUAUCUUUCCAUUGGAAAAUAUUUUCUGGGAUCAUUCCAAAAAUAUUUAUGGAGCUUGCAUGGCAGAUCGAAUGCAUCAGCUUGAUCUAGGUCUUUUUAAAAGAAUGAUAGAGUACACAGAAAAAACAUUCGUUCACAAUCCAGAUACUAUAAAUUUAAUAAAUUAUAGAUUGUCACUGAUUCCAAAAUUUAAAGGUUUGAAGAUUUUUGAUAAAGGAAUAUUUAAAAUCAGUAAUGUGACAGCCAAUGAAUACAGGGACUUGAUGAAAGUCAUGCCAUUUGUAAUUCAUGGAUUGGGCCAAGAAGAACUUGCAGAUAAUUUUGUAGAUUUUAAUAAAAUGUACAUGCUAAGUAAAAAUGAUUAUUUUACUGAUGAUGAUAUCAAAUUAUUUGAGAAAUUAAAAAAAACAUGGGCAAUUGGAUUCUUAGAAUUAUUUUCAAAAUAUUCACCUUCUAAUCUGAAACUACCCAAAUUUCAUACAUGGAUGUCACAUACCAGCUCAAUGAUUAAGAAUUUUGGUGCAAUUAAUGGAUAUACUACAGAGACAUAUGAAUUCCUACAUAAAUUUUAUGUGAAAGAUCCAUAUAAAUUCUCAAAUAAAAAAAAUGAAAUGGAGCAAAUAUUAAAAAAGGUAAGUAGGGGUGACUUUUUAAAAACAUUAAAAGAAAGUAUCAAAUCACAAAAAACAGCCUUUUCUAGUAAAUUUAUUCAGAUAAGUUAUGAAAAAAUAGAUAAUUUGCUUUUUUCACAAUAUAUUGAAAACAAAUUUUAUGAACUAGGAUUUAAACAUUUAAGACAAAAAUUAACUAGUUAUUUAAAUGAAUUAAAUGUUAAUAAUGACUGGAUUAAAAAAAUAAUAUUUUAUAAAAGUGCACAUAUAUCUGAUGAAAUAAUAAGGACAAAUGACAAUUAUCAUGGAAAAUGCUACUUUUCUGAUAUUGAAAUAUUUAUUUCAGAGGAUCAAAUAGAACAUUUCAGUAGUGAAAAUGGGGUAUGGUAUGGUAAAUGCUUGUUAUUAUUAGAAAUAACUUUUGAAGAUGAUAAUAAAUUUCAGAAUCUACAAUUGGUUAUGGUUCAAUGGUAUGAUUAUGCUGAUAUUGCAGCUAAAAAAAAGAUAUUAACAGCAAAUACAAAGAUGGAUAAACGGCACAAAUUAGGAUGCCCAUACAUGAAAUUAUUAGAUUCAUAUGAUAUAAUACCUUUAGAAUCUGUUUUAAGAGCUAUACAUAUAGUCCCAGAUUUUAACAAAGAAAACAG